AUGAUCCGUCGCUGGGGACCAGAGUGGCAGCCUGGCACAGGGUACUUAGGAAAAGCCCGAGGUGGGGGGUGUCAAAACCCCAGGAUCCCGAUUGAGCUCCCUCUUAGUAAUCACCCCAACCCAUGCCAAUCAAAGAUCGGGAACCCAGACGUCAAAUCCCAAGAAAUAGCUAACACCUUUGCUGCCUAUUAUGAGACGUUAUAUGAGGGACUAAAAGUUCACUACACCGACCAAACACAGAUACUUUUGUGCCCAUUCAUACAACACGCUAACCUUCCCACAAUUACCACUGAGGAAAAUGACAUCCUGAAUGCAGAGGUCACUGUGCAAGAAAUUCUCACAGAACAAAUGGAGUUUGAUGAAGUCGCAGUUUAUUUCUCGGAGGAGGAGUGGGGCUGUUUAGCUGAAGAACAGAAAGAGCUUUAUAAGGAUGUGAUGAUGGAGAAUUACCAGACCCUCAGGUCUCUAGGAUAUGUUCAUGUGAAACCUUUACUUGUUACAAAGAUUGAGCGAAGAGAGGAGCCGUAUGUGUGCACUUUUACCAAUGGUGGAUUAAUAGACUAUGAUAAUCCUAGUCAUGGCCAGAAUGCAGAUGCUUCGUUAAGAUUUUUUCAAAAUCCAAGAAAUCAUUUGAGGAACUUAUGUUCUAAAUGUGGGAAAUGUUUCACUCUGAAAUUAGAUCUUAUGAGGCAUCAGAAAAUUCAUAUAGGAGAUAACGCAUUUUCAUGUUCUAAUUGUGGUAAAUGUUUUAAUCAGAAAUCAAAUCAUCUUAGACAUCAGACAAGUCAUACAGGAGAGAAAGCAUUUUCAUGUACUGAAUGUGGGAAAUAUUUUACUAAGAAAUCAAAUCUUAUUAGGCAUGAGAAAAUUCAUACAGGUGAAAGAGUUUUUUCAUGUUCUGAAUGUGGGAAAUGCUUUACUCGGAAAUCAAAUCUCAUUACUCAUCAGACAAGUCAUACAGGAGAGAAAGCAUUUUCAUGUCCUGAACGUAGGAAAUGUUUUAGCCAGAAAUCAUAUCUUAUUAGAUAUCAGACAAAUCAUACAGGAGUAAAAGAAUUUUCAUGUGCUGAAUGUGGGAAAUGUUUUAGCCGGAAAUCAUAUCUUAUUAGACAUCAGACAAGUCAUACCGGAGAGAAAGAGUUUUCAUGUUCUGAAUGUGGAAAAUAUUUUACUCGGAUAUCAAGUCUUUUUAGACAUCAAAAAAGUCAUACAGGAGAGAAAGAUUUAUUAUGUUCUGAAUGUGGUAAGUGUUUUAAUAGGACAUCAAGUCUUAUUAGACAUCAGAAAAGUCAUACAGGAGAGAGAGGUUUUUCAUGUUCUGAAUGUGGGAAAUGCUUUACUCGGAAAUCACAUCUUGUUAUACAUCAGACAAGUCAUACAGGAGAGAAAGCAUUUUCAUGUGCUGAAUGUGGAAACUGUUUUACUCAGAAAGCACAUCUUGUUAGACAUCAGAAAAGUCAUACAGGAGAGAAAGCAUUUUCAUGUGCUGAAUGUAGGAAAUGUUAUAGCCGGAAAUCAUACCUUAUUAGACAUCAAACAAGUCAUACAGGAGAGAAAGCAUUUUCAUGUUGUAAAUGUGGGAAAUGUUUUACUCAGAAAUCAGAUCUAACUAGGCAUCAGAAAUUUCAUGCAGGAGACAAAGCAUUUUCAUGUUUUGAAUGUGGGAAAUGUUUUACUCAGAAAUCAGAUCUAACUAGGCAUCAGAAAAUUCAUGCAUGAGAGAAAGCAUUUUCAUAUUCUGAAUGUGGGAAAUGUUUUACUCUAAUAUCACAUCUAAUUACUCAUCAGAAAUUCAUACAUAUGAAACCAUUUUUGUGUGCUGAAUUUGGAAACUGGUUUAAACUGAAAUCCCAUCUUAUUUGACAUCAGAAAAUUCACACAGGCGAGAAAACAUUUUCAUGUUCUGAAUGUGGGAAAUGUUUUACUCAGAAAUCAAAUGUUAUUACUUAUCAAAGAAACAUAUUAUGCUUACCUGAAAAAAUAAUUUCCUUCUAAUGACAGUGAGGGUCCACAUAAACAUUCAUAACCUAUCAGAAAUACUUCACCUAACCACCAGGAGGAGGCAAA